CACUACAUAUGGUUACUUUUUUUUUUCAGAAAAGAAGUCGCGUCUGUGCCCGUAUCUUGAUACCAUAAAUCGUCAUAUGCUGGAUUUUGACUUUGAGAAGCUCUGCAGUGUCUCUCUAUCUCGUAUCAAUGUUUAUGCUUGUUUAGUGUGUGGAAAGUAUUUUCAAGGGCGUGGCCCCAAUACACAUGCAUACACUCACAGUGUUUCAGAUGGACAUCGCGUUUACCUUAACCUCCAAACUCUUCGGUUUUAUUGCUUGCCUGAUAACUAUGAAAUCAUCGAUUCCUCCUUGAAUGAUAUCAUCUUUGUUGUAAACCCAACAUUUAGUCGAGAGUACAUUCUACAUAAAGUUAAUCAGAGUAAAAUGAGUCGUGCAUAUGAUGGAACACUCUACUUGCCGGGAAUUGUUGGCCUUAACAACAUUAAAGCUAAUGAUUACUGUAAUGUAGUGCUGCAGGCCCUUUCCAAUAUAACACCACUAAGGAAUUAUUUCUUGGAUCCAAGUAAUUACAGUCAUAUACAUCAUGCACCAGGCACUCAGGGCCUAGCUAUGUUCCCACUCAUUACAAGAUUUGGAGAAUUGGUACGGAAACUGUGGAAUCCUCGGAAUUUCAAGGCUCACGUCUCUCCUCAUGAAAUGUUGCAGUUUUCGGCUGUGUUCAAGCUGUCUGUAUAUUGCAAAAUGAAUCACAGUGAAGAACCCCUUUUCUUUUUCGUGGGGGAUGAUGUCAAACACCCACACCCCAAAAACCCCACCAAGAUAGAAGAGGGCCUUGGGAGAGUGGAAAAGGCAUUAACAUGUAAAUGCAAACUCCAGGGUCUGUGGCUGCUCACAAGUAGAACAGUACAGAAAUAUUGA